UCAACAUGUUUUAAAAUACAUAAAUAAAAUUUUAACAAGCAAUUGUAUCAAAAAAUUUCUAAAUAGUUUAAUGGUUUAACUGGUUUUCGAUUCAUGCAGUUUUUUAGGUUCAAGAAGGUUAAACUGUGUUUUUCAGUUUUUAGGGAAGAAUCAAAUCGGACUGCUAUCCGGUUUCAGUUGAACUAACCAGUCCGGUUCGUCUCUUAAAACAAUGCUUUUAGGUUUCUCUCAUUUGCUCUUCCAAAUCCAAGCACUCCAAAGUGCCAUCUGGGUUCUCUUUCAUCAUUUUUUAUUCUCUAAAACAACUCUCAUCAUUCUUUUAAAGUUGAGGCUAAAUCUCAAGUGGAUCCUGAGUGCAAUUUAUCAACCCAAGGCAAAGGUCACGAUGGCCUUGAAGUCCACCAUUAAAAUAAGUUAAAACCAAAUCGAACUGCAACUUCCAAGUAUCUUACUUAAACAGCAACUGCUUCUCUGCCCCCUGCCAGAUCCGUUAUCUACUCAUAUCUUGCAUUUGGAGUCGAGUUGCAGUACACCCAAAAAUGUUGAAACACAGAGGCAUUUUCAAUCAUUCUCGUUCUCUUCUUUUUAUGCUUGCUCUUUGGGAGCUGUUACUUGAAGCGGAUUCAAGAACCUAUCCCCAAGAUAUAAAAGUACUCAAAGAUCUAAAGCAUGGGGUAGAACCCACCUCCAUGGCUCCGGGAUCUUGCCUCAGCUCAUGGGACUUCUCGUUAGACCCAUGCGACCACAUUUUCAGCGACAAAUUCACUUGCGGCUUCCGGUGUGACCGAGUUAUCUCUGGUUCAUUUCGAGUCACCGAGAUCACUCUUGACCCUGUUGGAUACUCCGGUUUCCUUUCGUCUACUUUUUGGGACCUUCCAUACUUGCAAACUCUUGACAUUUCCGAUAAUGCAUUUUUCGGAUUAGUCCCCGACUCUCUUGCCAAGCUCACUCGCCUCCGCCGGCUCAGUCUCUCUGAGAAUUCCCUCUCCGGGGAGAUUCCCAUCUCUAUCGGCUCUUUGUCUCACCUCGAAGAGCUCUAUCUGAAUAGCAACAAUCUCCAAGGGCCGCUACCUUCAAGCUUUAGUUCUCUCAUACGCUUAAAGAGACUUGAAAUUCAAGAAAAUAAUAUUUCUGGUCAGUUUCCUGAUUUAAGCUCAUUGAAAGAGUUAUACUUUCUUGAUGCUAGCAACAACUGUUUAUCCGGGCAACUUCCGCCCGCAAUGCCGAUGAAUCUUAUCGAGCUCUCCGUACGAAACAAUAAUUUACAAGGAAAUUUACCUGAUAAUUUCAGGAUUUUGGAGUAUUUAGAGGUUCUAGAUCUUAGCCACAAUCAAUUAUCUGGCUCUGUAAAAUCAGUCCUUUUUAACCACCCUUCUCUUCAACAGCUCACUCUCUCUUACAACAAUUUUACUUUCUUGCAAGUACCACCAACAAUGGGGUUUACCAGUAAGCUAAUAGCUCUUGAUUUGAGCUAUAACAAUAUUCAAGGAUUACUGCCGGCAUUCUUGGGCUCAAUUACAAAAUUGUCAGCUUUGAAUUUGGAGCAUAACAAGUUUACAGGGAUGAUACCAACACAGUAUGCACUGAAAACUGCAGCGUUGAGGGAAGAUACAACGCCGUUUCAGAGGCUGUUAUUGGGUGGGAAUUACUUGUUUGGACCGAUUCCGGGUCCUUUAAUGGGUUUAAAGGCGGGUUCUGUAAAUGUUAGUCUGGUGGAUAAUUGUUUGUUCAGGUGCCCUGAUACGUUUUUCUUCUGUCAAGGUGGUGAUCAGAAAUCGUUAGUGGAUUGUAAGAGCUUUAGCCCUGCUAUUCCUUAAUC